AGUCUGACAGGAAGAAUCUUUUUUUAACAGUAUAUUGUAAAAUGUUGAUUUAGUUCCCUUUCAAAGUCACUGAUGAUCACGACGUUGAAAUGUCUGCAGCUGACGUUUUGUACUCUGAUGUUAAAUUCACAAGAGAGAAGAGAAACGUUGAUGGGGCCGCUUCCUCGCCAGCUGAAACCACUUAUUCUGAAGUCAGGAUAUUAAAGAGCGAACCAUCCACAGAGCUUCCUGACUCCCAUCAACAAGAGGCAUCGAACGGACGAUCAAAGGUCACGUCAGAGCGAGCGGCCGUGCUCGUUCUCAGUUUGCUCCUGACUGCUGCUGUCGUCGCUCGGCUCAUCUCUUAUAAAAACAUUCAAACCGUGGAGCAUCUCCAAAAGCUGAUAGAUGAGCGUGACGCUGCCGUAAAAAAUCUCACAGGCGACUCAUGUCAGAAAUGUGACGACGGCUGGGAGGAACAUGGUGGAAAGUGCUAUUAUUUCUCCCAGGGUAAAUUACCCUGGAUUCAGAGCAGAGACGCGUGUCGACGGCGCGGAGGAGAUCUGGUUAAGAUUGACAGCAGACAUGCGCAGAGCUUCCUGGAGCAGAAACUGAGAAAAGAAAUGGAAACACAUGAGGACAAAUUCUGGAUUGGACUCACAGACUCACAGGAAGAGACAAAAUGGUUUUGGGCAGACGGAUCACCGUUAGACUCAAGUUUGACAUUUUGGAGCGGUAUGGAGCCAGACAACUGGAAAAAGAACGAUGAUUCUGGAGAGGACUGUGUGAGGAUGGGGGAGAAAUCUGGAGCUGAAGACCUGAAGUGUUGGUUUGAUAAAGCCUGCACAGCACCUCACAAAAGAAUCUGUGAGAAACCAACAGAAACCAGACAUCUCAAGUGCGUCUGAAACACAGUUCAGCUUGGAGGGCAGCACCACCUAAUUAAACCCUUAGGGCCCACUUUAGCAUUACAUACACUCGUAUCGCUCUGCGCACAAAAUACGCCUUUCAAAAUCGAGCU